CGACCAGCUGGUCCCCGCGACUCGCCAGAGUGCUUGAUUCGAUUGACGUUAACUCCGAUUCUGCAUCAUCAUUGACAUGUAUACUGUGCUUGUAUGUUUUAUCAUGCAUAGCCCGGUCUUUGAACGCUGUGUUUAGAAGAUCUUCUUAAUGCACGGCAUUAAUGGCGCACGUCCAAAGGAAGAUGAAUCUUCCUAAUGCGAGGCACGCGCAGUUGGACUUUGGUUCUGGAGAUUAUAUAUUGAUGUCAGAACUCAUCAUAAUACCUUCUCAUGAAGAAUUCCCCGUCCACCAUCACAGUGAAAUACUGAAAACCCACCAAGUCUACGGCCUAGUUCACGCACGCACUACAUACUUUACUAUACAUGGUUUUGCUGCACACACAACAGACGAUCAAGUAUCUCCGAGUUGCACCAGCCGCGAUUUGGGCACUCGAUUAUAUUUUGACCCUUGAACAUGAAAUCCAUCUGUUCAGCACGACGAGCUGCUGGAGCCUUGCGAUUGUCAUGUUUAUCCUAGCUAGAUAUGCUCCCGUGGUAUGGAUUAUCAGCGAAAUAUAUGUCACUCUUGGCCGACAUUCAGUGGAAACGUGCUUGACAUCAUAUCAGGCCAGUGGGGCGUCCUUACUUCUUAUCAUGUUAGCCGCAGAAGGCCUGCUUCUCAUGCGUAUACUUGCCUUAUGGCAUAACAACAGGAAGAUAAAGCUAUUUUUAUUGGCGAGCUACUUGCUUAUGGUUAUCUGCAUGUUCAUUUGCGAUGUACUUGCGGAGUUUCUGCUCCGAAGCGUAUGUGUGCCCGCAUCGACUCUGAGCGUUUUAGAGGCUGCCACGGAAGUGGAACGCCUGGUAAUGGGCAAAUUUAUCAGUGCAGCGCUGUUUGAACUCGCGGUGAUCACUCUUACAAUCUAUCAUUCGAUACAACUACGCUCUAAUGGCAUACGCUCCAUCGGUAUACUAGCGUCAACAUUGUUGAAGGGAAGUUUGCUAUAUGCACUGUCGCUUCUUGCAAUUUCUGUUGUAAACAUAGUUUCUCUUGCUUUGCCGGUCUCAUGGCAGGGGGAAGGUGGGAUUGUAGAUGUGUUCCAAGGUGUCCUACAUGGUGUUUUGGCUUCGCGCAUUCUUUUUGAUCUAAGGGAUCUGGGGAAUACAAGUCAAGAUGACUCGGAGGCACCCAGCUAUUUAUUCACCUCGUAUAUAUCCCUUCCUCGCACUCAGUGCGUAUCACAACUUGAAACGAUACCAAUGACUGUCUUACAUGCCGAAAGCAAUACAUGAUCAUACCUCACGUACAACAUCAAAAGUAUCGCACGUACUGCACGUCGCAAUCUCGAAAAACAUGCUGACCGCUCGAAUAACCGCACCCUGCAUGUCUCGUCCUAAAAUUAAUGUAGUUGGUGCGUCUCAUGUUUGUCGUUCGACGGAUGAUAUAUUGAAUGAUCUAGGAUGACGUUUUAUAUUCACAACCGGAUAUCAAUAUUUCAUUGAUCAGAUGUAUUGGCGGCGAAGAUUGAUGCGUCACUAUAGCGUCAAUUAAGUGCAUCAGUACCUAUCA